ACUUCCCAACAGUCAAGACUUCACAGCCUCUCGCCUCGCCCUUGCUUUUUUCUCAGCUUCUGGUGGAAAAAAUCCGUCCCCCCACCCCUCGCCGCCCUCCGAACUCCUCCAAGCUAUGGUGAAUCACGUCCAACUCCACAGCCCCCUGCUACUCUCCUGCAUCUGCAUCUCUCUCCUACUCUGUGCCGCGGUCCCGGCGGUUGCUGCUGGCGGUGGCGGACAGCGCGAGGCGGGAGCGCUGCUGAAAUGGAAAGCGACCUUGGCCGCCGGUGCCGACCGGUACCUUAGCUCGUGGUCCUCGGCGUCCGACGCCACCAGCCCAUGCAACUGGGAGUUCAUCGCCUGCAACUCCGCCGGCGACGUGACGGAGCUCCGCAUUAGCGGCGUGAGUCUCAACGGGAGCCUCGCCGGCCUGGACUUGUCGGCUUUCACGCGUCUGGAGACCCUUACCCUGGUGCAGAAUGACCUGUAUGGUACCAUUCCGGAGGCGAUCGGCAACCUGACGAGCUUGGUUUCAUUGGUGAUCCAGCACAACCAGGGUCUCAAAGGGCCGAUUCCACGCAGCAUAGGACAGCUGAAGCAGCUCGCCUCGCUGAAGCUGCAGACUCUGGGGCUCGAUGGUGCCAUCCCCAGCGAGAUUGGUAACCUGACAGGCUUGAAAGAAGUGUACCUCGACGGCAACACUCUGACGGGCUCAAUCCCACCUGCAGUUGGGAAGCUCCAGAGGCUCACCUCGCUUUAUCUGAAUUUGAACAGUUUGGCAGGGACCGUCCCAGCAGAGAUCGGCAACAUCACGGAGCUGCGGAUCAUGAACUUGGCGGGCAACCGUUUGGAAGGCGAGCUGGGAGGCUAUCUCGCUCAGCUUCGGAAACUGUCAGCGUUGCUCGUGGCAAACAAUCAACUAGGAGGCGACAUCACCCCAUGUCUCAGCAACAGGAGCAGCCUGAUUGAGGUCGACAUUGCCGGCAACGAUUUCUCCAAGAUAUCUGCGCAGGCCAUCUGCACAGGAGGAACACUGCUACAUUUCUUGGCCAACAGCAAUCGGCUUUCGAACCUACGUGAUCUCAACUUUCAGAACUGCACGUCCUUGAGGUACAUUGAUUUGGCAGCAAACGGUAUUCUCGCAGGCACUGAGGAGUGGCUUGGUACGCUCCCUAAAAGUCUUGAACAUAUAUAUUUUGCCCAAAAUCAACUGUACGGGACACUUCCACUACAGUUGGGCGAGUUUGGGAAACUCUCAGCUCUCGGACUAGCUGAAAACAGAAUUUCUGGUCAGAUACCUCAGGUUCUUGGAAAUAUGACUAGCUUGACGAAUCUCAACCUGGGGCAUAAUAUACUCUCAGGUGCGAUCCCUCCAGAACUUGGGUCACUGUAUCAAAUUCUUCAGCUAAAUUUGAGUUUCAAUCAUUUGUCAGGUCCAUUGCCUCUAACUUUAAGGAACCUUUCCAAACUUUUCUCACUUGACUUGUCAAAUUGUAGCCUAACUGGACAAACAUAUGACUUUCUUACUACUAACCAGUCCACUUUUUCGUUCCCCGAAAUUGAGAUCCUUGCCCUUUCCUCUAACGACAUUACCAGCGCCAUGCCGACAUUACUUUGUAAUGCUAACUUCCUAAAGAUCCUGGACCUGUCAAAUAAUGCCUUACAUGGAGAUCUCCCAAAUUGUUUGUGGGACUUGCCGUCUUUACUAUUCAUGGAUCUGUCCAGCAAUUCUUUCAGCAGUGUAGCUACGUCCUCCAGGUCAUCUAGCACCACGCUUCAAUCUCUACACCUAGCCAACAACCAUUUCGAAGGUAAUGUUCCCUCUAUCAUUAAAAAUUGUUACAAGCUCAUAACCCUGGAUCUUGGAGGCAACAAUUUCACGGGCGAAAUACCUGGUUGGAUGGCCGAAAGCAUGCCACAACUCAGAUUUCUUCGCUUGUCAUCAAACAUGUUCAGUGGAAAUAUACCCCAGCAGAUUUUUCAGUUUACCCAACUUCAACUAUUAGACUUGUCACACAACAAGCUCAUUGGUCCCAUACCUGCUGACUUUGCAAAUUUUACUAGCAUGACACGACAACAGGAACAUGGGGAGAUCGUAUAUUUCUUUGCGUACUCCGAGCAACUUCAGCUAGUCUGGAAGAAUGAGAAUUAUGUGUACAGCAAGACGAUAACAUUCAUUAUGGGUAUUGACUUGUUGUGUAAUUUGCUUUCGCAAACGAUUCCUGAAGGGCUCACAAACCUCCGUGGACUCAGGUACUUAAACUUGUCAAGAAAUCACCUUUCAGGUGAUAUCCCCAAAGACAUUGGAAACUUGGCGCUGCUAGAAUCGCUGGACUUGUCAUGGAAUCAGCUGGAAGGGGAGAUUCCUCCAGGCUUUGCAGAUUUGAAAGCUCUAAGCACUCUGAACCUUUCAAACAAUGGUCUGUCAGGAAGGAUACCGGCAGGUAGUCAGCUGCAGACACUAGUUGAUCCAUCAAUCUACGGCAACAACCUGGGGCUAUGUGGUUUUCCUUUGAAAGAAUGUGCAAAUGCUGCUACGCGCAGUAAUGAAAAAAGCCAGGAUGAUGACAGAGAGGAGCUGUGGUUAUAUUGCUUUGUGGUUGCUGGAUUUAUCUUUGGAUUUUGGCUCUCCUGGUGUCUUAUUUGCAACAGAACAUGGAGGUAUGCACUCUAUCACUACGUCAACAACGUGCUACAGAAGGUUGCAAAGGAGGUUCAAUGUUAUUUCUGAAGCAAAAGUUGUAGCACACAAUCCAAUUUCCGUUUAUGCCUAUGAUAUUUCUCCUAUAGUGUUUGUAAUCAAUAAAGUGCUAAUACAUCGGCCCCAGUUAGUAUGGUAUUUCAAAAUAAGUACUAGGUCAAUGCCCAUGCGUUGCAACGGGAAAAAGUAAUGUCACAAUAACAUAUGUAUGAACGUGUGUUGUAUUGUUACCCGGCACUUGAGACUUUCUUUGAAUGUAUAUUUCUUUAACUUGGCAACAUUAUGGGCUUCUAUCUUGUCAGGCAUGUAAUAGUGA